AUGGAGACAAACAGAGCCAACAUGACGCAGACGGGCAUCUUCGAAGACUUGCAACGCAAGAUCGAUGAGGACACUGCUGUCAAAGACCAACUCCGCGACAUUGUCCAAUCGAUCGAGAAGCACGACCGUACAACUCAGUCCAUCCUCUCCCGUUCACACUCCACACCAUCAAGCGAACUGCAACCAGUGAUUCAAGCAGCCGAAGCCAAUAUCCAGCAGGAGGUUAAAGCCAUUGGCCAGCUCUCUGAAGUGGCAUCGAAGUAUCCUUACUACAAGUUCAACUAUGCUUGGAGUCGGCAGAUGCAGGAUGCGUGCUUCUCGAUCCUGCUCUGUGGCUACCUGGGCGGUCUCGGCAAGGGCCAGACCAACGAUCCGCUGUUUAAGAUCGAGCAGGUUGGGGAGAUCAUGGCUGUUCCUGUCAACCUCAAGGAUCGCGAUGCCUUUCACCUGACUAUCGAAGAGUACCUGCUCGCUCUUGUCUCGCUUAUUGAAGAACUGGCACGCCUCGCCCGCAACUCCGUCACCCUGGGAGACUACCGCCGACCGCUGGAGAUAAGUCGCUUUAUCAAAGACGUUCACGCUGGCUUCCAGAUCCUGAACCUGAAGAACGACACUCUACGGAAGCGCAGCGAUGGCAUCAAGUACCGGGUCAAGGACGUUGAGGAUGUGGUCUACGAUUUGAGCUUGAGAGGGCUGUUGCCGAAGGAAUGA